GCAGGGUGCGUCUUCCUUUGGUUGCGUAGCAGUACGGCGGCUCCAAAGGAGAGGGUGCCAAAGAAAGGAAAAUCUCAAAUUCUUUCUCGGUUGGAGACAUUAUUCCGCCUCUUCCACGUCUGAUUUUUCUUUAACAAGGAAGCAGUUUGCCAUGGAUCGUUAGCGAUGAGGAGUCUGCCUCUGGGCCCUAGGUGACCGACACACAUGGCUCAGUUUCCAACAGCUUUCGGAGGGGGUGCGGAUGCCUGGGUCAUCACUGUGGAGGAGCGGGCCAAACACGACCAGCAGUUCCACAGCCUGUCACCCAGUCCUGCUGGCUUCAUCACUGGUGACCAGGCUAAGAACUUCUUCCUGCAAUCCGGCCUGCCCCCACCAGUCCUGGCACAAAUUUGGACUCUGGCAGACAUGAACAAUGACGGGAAGAUGGACAUCCACGAGUUCUCCAUCGCGAUGAAGCUGAUCAAGCUGAAACUGCAGGGCCACAACUUGCCCCUAUCUUUGCCCCCUGCCAUGAAGCUGCCCCCUUAUGGGAUACCAGGUGUGCCCACAAUGGCAGGUAUCCCAGGGGUGCCGGCCGUGCCCCUCGCCCCGCUCUCUGGACUGGGCAUGUCCCCCCCUCUCGUCUCAUCAAUUCCCGCGCCCGUAGCACCGAUAGCCAAUGGAACCCCUGCUAUGAUCCAGCCCCUACCUGGCUUCACACACUCAGCCGCUGCACUAAACAGAAGCUCCUCCGUCAGCCGCCCCAGCGCCAAGCUGCAGAAAGGGCUGUCUCUGGAGUCUGCCAGUGGCCCGACAGCGCCCCCUGCAGACUGGGCUGUGCCAUCGUCCUCGCGGCUGAAGUACCGCCAGCUUUUUAACAGCCAUGACAAAAUGAUGAGUGGGCAUCUGACAGGACCCCAAGCGCGAACCAUCCUGAUGCAGAGCAGUUUACCCCAAACGCAGCUGGCCUCGAUAUGGAACCUUUCAGACAUUGACCAGGAUGGAAAGCUGACAGCAGAGGAGUUCAUCCUGGCCAUGCAUUUGAUUGACAUGGCCAUGUCAGGGCUGCCCCUUCCUCUGGUGCUGCCACCGGACUUAAUCCCACCCACCUUUCGGAGAGGGCGCUCUGGUAGCGGGAUCUCAAUAACCAGUGUGCACAGUGUCGACCAGCGUGGGCCUGAGGAGCCAGAAGAGGAGGAGCAGCAGGGCACGGAGAAGAAGCUGCCAGUAACAUUUGAGGACAAGAAGCGGGAGAACUUUGAGCGCGGGAGCCUGGAGCUGGAAAAGCGCCGGCAGGCCCUGCUGGAGCAACAGCGCAAGGAGCAGGAGCGCCUGGCCGCUCUGGAACGGCAGGAGCAGGAGCGGAAGGAGCGCGAGCGGCUGGAGCAGGAACGGCGACGGCAGCAAGAGCUGGAGAAGCAGCUGGAGAAGCAGAGGGAGCUGGAGAGGCAGCGGGAGGAAGAGAGGCGGAAAGAGAUGGAGAGGAGGGAGGCAGCCAAGCGGGAACAGGAGCGCCAGCGGCAGCUGGAGUGGGAGCGAGCUCGCAGGCAGGAGCUGCUGACGCACCGCAACCGGCAGCAGGAAGACAUGGUCCUUCUCAAAGCCAGGAAGAAGACGUUGGAGUUCGAGCUAGAAGCACUGAAUGACAAGAAGCAGCAGCUGGAGGGGAAACUGCAGGACAUCCGCUUCCGCCUGUCUGCCCAGCGGCACGAGAUCGAGAGCACGAACAAGACCCGCGAGCUGCGCAUCGCUGAGAUCACGCACCUUCAACGCCAGCUCCAGGAGUCUCAGCAGUGGCUGAGCCAGCUGAUCCCCGAGAAGCAAAGCCUGAAUGACCAGCUGAAGCAGGUGCAGCAGAACAGCCUGCACAGGGACACCCUGGCGAGCCUGCGGAAAUCCCUGGAUGCGAAGGAGUCCACGCGGCAGCAGCUGAAGAGCCAGCUGGACGUGGUGGAGAAGGAAACACAGGCCAAGAUGCAGGAGAUGGAUGCCUUCAACACUCAGCUCAAGGCCCUCUGCUUUUUCUAUGAAGUAAACACGGCACGCAUUGAAGGCCUGCAUCUGGAGCUGCUGCAGCAGGACCAUAGGGGGAGUCAGGAGCUGAGGGAGAUGCACGGCAGUCAGCAGAGGCAGGAGGACCUGGAUCCGGAGGUCAAGCUGAAGGAGCAGGUCGAGCAGAAGCUUAAGGACGGGGAGGCGGAUAAGGACGCCACGGAGCACCUGGGCGGCAGGUCGGAUGCUGUGGGAGAACAGGUGCCUUGCGUGUGGCGGGAUGAAGGGGGGGACAAGGUCGCCCCUCCCCCACUGCUGUGGAUGAAGCGGGUGGCAGAGGAUGAUAUGAGAAACAAGAGGGACGUGCAGGACAAACUCAACCAGCUGUUCAGCCAACAGCCGGAGGCCGGGAAGCUGCCAGCUCAAUCCGCCUGGCCCACAGCAGACAAAAUCCCUGUAACUGGCUUCAACCAGGACAAGGUGAAGGUGGUCUUCUACAGAGCCCUGUACCCCUUUGAGGCUCGUAGCCAUGACGAGAUCACCAUCCAGCCUGGAGACAUAGUCAUGGUCGACGAAUCGCAGACUGGUGAGCCUGGCUGGCUAGGGGGGGAGCUCAAUGGGAGGACUGGGUGGUUCCCUGCCAACUAUGCAGAAAAGAUCACAGACACAGAGGUCCCUGCUGCUCUUCGAUCUGGGGCUGCCAUGGGCUCUGCCCCCAAGCUGGCCACUCAUGCCACACCCAGCAGUGCUUCAGCCACACCCACCCCCAUGCAGCCACCUCCCCCUGAGGCCAGGACCGCCCCGCCUCCAGUGACCUCCGCCGCCCCACCACCUCCGUCCUCUUCGUCGUCCUCUUCCUCCAACAACUGGGCGGACUUCAGCAGCACGUGGCCAUCAAACACGGUAGAAAAAGCCGAGGGGGAUGUUUGGGACGCAUGGCCCCCCCAGCCUUCGCUGUCGGUGCCCAGCGGUGGACAACUGCGGCAGCGGUCUGCUUUUACCCCUGCCACCCUGACAGGAUCGUCGCCCUCACCCGUGCUGGGCCAGGGGGAGAAGGUGGAGGGACUCCAAGCGCAGGCUUUGUAUCCAUGGCGAGCCAAAAAGGACAACCACCUGAACUUCAACAAGAGCGACGUGAUCACCGUGCUGGAGCAGCAGGACAUGUGGUGGUUCGGAGAGGUGCAGGGCCAGCGGGGCUGGUUCCCCAAGUCGUACGUCAAGCUGGUCUCGGGUCCCGUGCGCAAGUCGCUGAGCAUCGAGUCGGGUUCGUCUGAAAGCCCCCCGAGUAUCAAGAGGCCCACACCUUCCCCCAGCAAGCCCACAGAGUCUGGAGAAGAGUACAUAGCGAUGUACACAUAUGAGAGCAGCGAGCAGGGCGACCUUACCUUCCAGCAGGGGGAUGUCAUCUUGGUAAUUAAGAAGGAGGGAGACUGGUGGACCGGUGCGACAGCGGGCAGGACAGGGGUCUUCCCCUCCAACUAUGUGAGGCCCCGGGACUCGGAGGUCCUGGGCUCUGCAGGGAAGACAGGGAGUCUGGGGAAGAAGCCAGAGAUUGCUCAGGUGAUUGCCGCAUACACCGCCACAGGGCCAGAGCAGUUAACCUUAGCUCCUGGGCAGCUCAUCCUCAUCAGAAAGAAGAACCCAGGUGGCUGGUGGGAGGGGGAGCUACAGGCCCGGGGGAAGAAGCGCCAGAUUGGCUGGUUUCCAGCCAAUUAUGUGAAGCUGCUGAGUCCGAGCACCAGCAAGACCACGCCCACGGAACUUGUGCCACCCAAACCGCAGGUGCCCAACGCAGUGUGCCAGGUGAUUGGCAUGUACGACUACACGGCACAGAACGACGACGAGCUGCCCUUCUCUAAGGGCCAGAUCAUCAGUGUGCUCAGCAAGGACGACCCCGACUGGUGGAGGGGGGAGCUCAACGGCGCCGUGGGCCUCUUCCCCUCUAAUUACGUCAAGCUGACCACUGAAACGGACCCCAGCCAACAGUGGUGUGCUGACCUGCAUCUCCUGGACAUGCUGACACCCACCGAGAGGAAGCGGCAGGGCUACACCCACGAGCUCAUCGUCACAGAGGAGAACUACGUCAGCGACCUUCAGCUGGUGACUGAGGUUUUCCAGAAGCCAAUGCAAGAGUCCGAGCUGCUGACAGAGAAGGAAGCCGCCAUGAUUUUCGUCAACUGGAAGGAGCUGAUCAUGUGUAACAUUAAGCUACUGAAAGCCCUGCGGGUGAGGAAGAAGAUGUCGGGCGAGCGCAUGCCAGUCAAGGUGAUCGGGGACAUUCUGACAGCCCAGCUGCCUCACAUGCAGCCCUAUAUCCGCUUCUGCAGCUGCCAGCUCAACGGUGCCACCCUCCUGCAGCAGAAGACGGACGAGGUGCCCGACUUCAAGGAAUUCGUCAAGAGGCUGGCCAUGGACCCACGAUGCAAAGGCAUGCCGCUAUCCAGCUUCCUUCUGAAGCCCAUGCAGAGAGUGACGCGUUACCCCCUGCUCAUCAGAAACAUUCUGGAAAACACGCCUGAGAGCCACCCAGACCACAGCCACCUGCGGCAGGCCCUGGAGAAAGCAGAGGAGCUGUGCUCGCAGGUCAAUGAGGGUGUCCGCGAGAAGGAGAACUCGGACCGCCUGGAGUGGAUCCAGACCCACGUGCAGUGUGAAGGGCUAUCCGAGCAACUGGUGUUCAAUUCAGUGACCAACUGCCUGGGACCUAGAAAAUUCCUGCACAGCGGAAAGCUCUACAAGGCCAAGAGCAAUAAAGAGCUGUAUGGUUUUCUCUUCAACGACUUCCUGCUGCUCACUCAGAUCAUCAAGCCACUGGGCUCCUCGGGGUCAGAAAAGGUCUUCAGCCCCAAGUCUCACCUGCAAUACAGGAUGUACAAGACACCCAUUUUCUUGAAUGAGGUACUGGUGAAGCUGCCGACCGACCCAUCCGGGGACGAGCCAGUGUUCCACAUCUCCCACAUCGACAGGGUUUACACGCUGCGGGCAGAGAGCAUCAGUGAGAGGACGGCCUGGGUGCAGAAGAUCAAGGCCGCCUCCGAGCUCUACAUUGAGACUGAGAAAAAGAAAAGAGAGAAGGCAUAUCUGGUACGGUCUCAGAGGGCCACUGGUAUUGGCCGACUGAUGGUGAACAUUGUGGAGGGCAUCGAGCUGAAACCCUGCCGUUCUCAUGGGAAGAGUAACCCGUACUGUGAGGUAACCAUGGCCUCUCAGUGCCACAUCACCAAGACGAUGCAGGACACCCUGAACCCCAAGUGGAACUCCAACUGCCAGUUCUUCAUCAAAGACCUGGAGCAGGAUGUGCUGUGUGUCACCGUCUUUGAGAGGGAUCAGUUCUCUCCGGAUGACUUCUUGGGCAGGACAGAAAUACGCCUAGCGGAUAUCAAGAAGGACCAGGGUUCGAAGGGGCCCAUCACCAAGAGGCUACUCUUGCAUGAGGUUCCAACUGGAGAGAUUGUGGUUCGGCUGGACCUGCAACUGUUUGAUGAGCCCUAGAGCAGACUGUGUCCGUACUCCUGAUCUCAGUGUUCCCUCCCCCGAUAUACAAUAGCCCAAGCUGCAGUGUGUGUGUAUGUGAGCAUGUCUGCGUAAGUUAUUUGAGUUCUUAAAGGAGUGUAAAAGAAUGCAUUUAGGUUUCUUUGGAUAUUGUUUUGGCCCACUUACUUUACUGAAAAGUGACAGCCCUAAUUCUCUUAAGAAGUGCUGUAAUGAAUUCAUGUGUUCAGUCACAGCACAUGCAGAAAGUAGGGUAACACAUAACCAGUCAUAAUUGACAACCGGUUUUAUUAAUCACACCUGCUGACCCCUGGAAAAGAGGACUUAAUUACACAGAACACAAUUACACAAUCAGUAAAUCAAGUGCAGAGCCAGAGUACGGAGAUAUGGAAAAUAUGAGGAGCCGUUCUUAUGGCACAAGGGUCAUGCUGCUGUGGUGUCACACAUAUGGGUGCACGCAUCAUAUCGGCACAGGGUCACAUGGUAACAGACAUCAUACUUGCACAGGGUCACAUGGGACCUGGAAUCACAGCUGUAUGGGGUCACAUGGGUACUUGAAGAAUGAUGCGAGUUUUUUUUUAAUGCUUCGUACCAAGUGAAACCUCAUUUAUUUUAAAGACUUUUUUUUUUUUUAACAGCUAGAUGCUGUAUGUGUUUCUUGGCGUGCAAGUCUGUAAUGUGACACAUCAAAGAGUAAAGAAGACCACUCUUUUAACAAUAGUAGGUGAGUCAUAUAGCACUGCCUGGUGUCUUCGAAUCAAAGGGAUCCUCAGUAGCUGUGUGUAUGAUUAUCAGUGGGACUGAAGAGGCAGUUUGUGGUCUUGCUGCUUUUGCUGAAACUAUAAAGCAGUUCUUCCCAAUCCGAUCCUCAGGGACCUGCAGACAGUCCACAUUUUUGCUGACCGGGAGCUGGGAGGGAGCAAAAAUGAGGACCCUCUGCGGCCUCCUGAGGACCAGGUUGGGACACGCUGCUAUAAAGGGAAUUGUACAGUGAGAUACUGUAGAACUAGCUGGCAUGGAUGUGGGUUUACAUGGGUACGGUUCAGUGAUGCUUACAGUGGCUACCUGGAAAGUGUCCCUCAGUUUACUUUGAAUCCAGCAUCCUUAUGCUCAGAACCGCAUCUCUGUUUCUGUCUGCUCAAUUUUAAUAUGACAGUAAGUUCGCAAUGUCAGGAGGUGAGUUUUCAGUAUGUUUCAUGAUUGUUAUGAGACAAAUGACUGCGAAGUCGGCUUGACGCGACACUGGAAUACGGCAUUUACAGCGUUUACUGAAAAUUGUUUUGCAACACGAUGUGUAUCUAGUAAAUUUAUUUAUUUAUUUUGUAGAAAUUUGUCUUAAAAUUUAUUACCAUGUGAUGUAUAAUAUUCAAUAUACCAUCCUACACAAAUAAUAUUUUCACUCCAUGUUUCAGACCUUUUCUUUAGGCCAUGCAUUUUUGCAUUGGGGUAUUUUUUUGGAGGUUUGGCUGAAGACAUAAAAUCCCUGAUUCCCCAACUGCCAUCUUGCAGUUUAGGGUUGCUUGAAUAUACUGCUGUUUAUUUUUUCUAGCACAGACAUCACAAGUUACCUAGACUGCACUGUAAAUGACACGUGACUGACAUAACAAAGACUAUGAACCCCGAGACUUAGUGGUGAUGGGUUUGAUGUCUGAGUUUCUCUGCAUCUCAUCACUCUACAGGAAAAUCUCCUGGCAGCUUCUAAUGGGCUGUGUGUAAACUCUUAUCUUCCAGGUGUGUGAUGUGUCCAUGUGUAUUUCUUGACUGGCACACUCUUAUAUAUGCUGUAUUGCAGAUUAUUACUAGCAGAUCCAGCAACCAAAUUGGUGUAGCAAAGGAGGACAUGCAUUGCAGUUGAGGUACCAACACUUGGGGUGUCUGGAGAAAGUUCCCGUUUUAACUGCUAUGUGUAGAUAUCUAAGGCCGAUGUAGUUGUUCAGUGCAUUCUUGAAUCAAACUAAAACUGUACAUCUUGCAUAAUCUUGCAGUCCUACCUGGACUCAACACCCUAUAAUGAAGAUGAAAACAUCUAUCUGCAUUAUGUAUGGUGACCCACAAGACAAGAUAUUGUGCUUAAUAAAUAGGACAUGUCCCUUCCCAGGAAAUCUGCAGCAGAGAGACUUCAGUGUAAUGCUGCAGCAAUGCUUUCCAGGGCAGGCCAAUUGUCCUGUUGUGUUUCUCUGUGGGCAUUCGUGUGUGUGUCUAAUGAAUGAUCAGGGUGUAGUUGUGGUACGUGAAUCCACUGCCUUAGUAGCUGCCACCACCAAGUCACCUAUGACUCUUUUUCAGUGGUGAUCUUCUUCUCCUCACUCCUGUUUGAGGGGUCUUCUACUUGUGUCUUACCAAGAAAAUCCUAGUGCAUUUGCCAAAGUUUGUGGUUGUGUUGCCAGUCACUUAAAACAACACUUAAAGAGUUGUAGUGAAGUUUAUCAAAAUUGUAUAACAAAGAAUAGUUUUUAAAGUGGGGGGCUGGGGUGAGGAGUCACAUUGGAGAGAUUUAAUAUUAAAAUGUUGAAGGAUAAGAAAGGUCAUUUGUAUGAUUUGUACAAUAGAUAGAUUCCAUUGUAUUUACCUACUGUCUAUACCCUCCAUGCUGUCUCAACAACAACAAAGCAUGCUGGUUCUACAGAUGAAGUCAUAGCACCAUGUGUCAUGGCUGCCGCCUGGUGUUCAUUGCUGUAAUAUGCCAACCUGUUAUUAAAGCAAGACUUUCUUUAAUGACA